CACAUUUACUUCACACACAUCGCGACCAACGCAACGUUUUCCGACAAUUCCUCAGCUGAAAUCGAAUCUUCAGAGUCGGCCAGACGUCGGUAGUGUGUACAUGUGUGUUGCGCGUCCGACAGGAGAUGGCUUGCGCUGUGUCAGUCGCGGAUAGGUUGGGCGAGGGCUUGCAAUGCCAAAGCGCGAAGCCGAGCGAACCUCAUCGAUUAAAAAUAGACGUUCUAGCGAACCAGGAAGAGGGAAUGGUUGUAGGCAGCUCUAUGAGUAUGAGAAGCCUGAACGACCCGAUGAACGUUGGCUUCGAAAAUGUGUCGUAUAGUGUCACUGAAGGAUUUUUUAAUAGAGGGACAAAACUUCUUCUGAAUGGCGUAUCAGGAGAAUUCAUGGGAGGGGAAUUAACUGCCAUAAUGGGUCCAUCUGGAGCAGGAAAAUCAACAUUAAUGAACAUCUUAGCCGGAUAUACAAUAGGUGCUUCCGGUCAGCUGACGAUAAACAAAGAACUGAGACAUGAAAAUAGUUUUCGCCGAGAAUCCUGUUAUAUUAUGCAAAAUGAUCAAUUGCAGCCUCUACUUACAGUUAUGGAAUCCAUGAAUGUUGCAGCUAAUUUGAAAAUGAGUUCCGAAGUCAGUCGCAGAAAAAAACGAGAAAAGAUAGAAGAAAUUCUGAAUUCGAUGGGCUUAUGGCAACAAAGAAAAGUACGAACACAGGCGUUGUCAGGAGGACAGAGAAAAAGGUUGUCUAUUGCUUUGGAACUAUUGAAAAACCCACAGAUAAUGUUCUUCGAUGAACCAACCAGUGGACUGGAUAGCCUGACAUCCAAACAAUGCGUCAGUAUACUCAAAGAUCUUUCAGCAACAGGCAGAACAAUAAUUUGCACCAUCCAUCAACCAAGUGCUUUAAUUUUUGAAAUGUUCGACCACCUGUACGUUUUAGCAAAGGGUCACUGUGUAUAUCAAGGCGCAGUUAAGCAGCUACUGCCGUAUUUGAGUGAUAUUAAUUUAAUAUGUCCGCCUUACCAUAAUCCUGCUGAUUUUAUAUUGGAAGUAGCAGCGGGAGACUUAGGAGAUCACUUUGAUGCUUUACUCGAAAGGAGUGCGAAUGGAACAAGAGACGACUGGAGAGAAGUUAAAAAAGACAUUGUGGACCCACUCGCUAGUUGUUCGAGUAAAACAAUCACCAAAAAUAGGUUAACACCAUUCAGCAUUCCCCAAGUGAUCUUCCGAAGAAUGAAGAGUUCCGAUAGGGACAAAAACGAUGAAACUUCAACAUGCUGCCAAUCCGACUACGCCACUUCUUCCCUACAUCAACUUCUAGUCCUAAUAAAGAGAAAUUAUAUUAUUUUAAGUAGAGACAGAACCUUGACGUACUCCAGAAUCGCAACUCACCUCCUGAUUGCCCUUUUUAUAGGAUAUUUAUAUUACGGGAUAGGAAUAAAAGCACAAAAUAUGCUCAACAAUUUCAAUUAUAUGUAUUUUUCUGUGAUGUUUUUGAUGAUGACCGCAUUCAACUGUGUUUCAACGACAUUUCCCUCUGAGCUUCCAAUUAUCAGUAAGGAAUAUUUCAACAAGUGGUACUCUUUGAAAUCCUAUUUUCUAGCAGUAACGUUAGCUGAUGUUCCAAUUCAGGUUUUCGCUACGUUGCUUUAUUCUUCCAUCACGUAUUUCUUGACAAAGCAACCCACUGAUGAACCAUACAGAAUAGUAUUCUUCAUGUUCAUGUGUGUGUUGGUUUCGUUGGUAGCUCAGAGCUUCGGAUUGUUGAUAGGUGCAAGCAUGAAUGUCAAGAAUGGUGUUAUAUUCGGACCUUUCUGCUUCCUACCUUUCACGAUAUUCUCUGGCUUCUUCGUGCAGUACAGUGCUGCGCAUCCAAUGUUCCGUUGGAUAUUCCACAUAUCCUUCCUCAAAUACGGUUUGGAAGGCUUGGUACUGGCUGUGCUGGGAUACGGUCGAGGAAAACUGCCAUGCGAAGCCGACUACUGCCAUUACGUCCAUCCUAGGAAGUUUCUACGAAACAUGGACAUGGACAAGGCAGACUAUUGGUUGGGGGUUUCAUUCAUGGUGUUUCUGAUAGCCAUCAUCAGGAUUGCAGCAUUCUUCGCCCUCAGCAUUCAAGUGAGAAGUCGGACGUAGCGGUAUCAGAACAAUAUUUGAUACAUACAUCAUUUUUAUAAUGAGGUUAUUGUUAACCCCAUAUUUUACCACUUUUUGAAGUCUAUUAGAUUUUUAUACUUAUUAUCAUUUUUACUAUUAUUCCAUGUAGGAAUAGGUUUUGAAUGUUUCUUCGCUGUUUUUGGAGAGUAUAUAUUAUCUGAGAUCUGUCUCGUUUUUACGCAUAUCUAGUUAUUGUAGCAUGAGAAAUGAGUUUAUAUUUUUAUAAAAUAUAUUACGAAUAACUUUUAUUGUGAAUCGUUAGACAAGUCACGUUAUUCAAUUAAUGUAAUAUCGUAAUGUGGUUAUGAUGAUAUGUAAAUAUCGACAUUAUUUUGUUAUUCUAUUCAAAACUUCGUUAUGUAUGAUAUAUAUUAUGUAUUCACUUGACAACUGAAAUGAGUAAUUGCAACUCAACUUGGCAUGUUUUGUUUGAAAAAAGAUACAAUUUGAAAGAAAGAUACAAUUUUAAAAAAAUUGGAAUUUUAUGAUAACAUAUAUUGAUUUUCUUUGUUUUGCAUCAACAAUUGUGCAGCAAAUAUGGUGCUCAUUAUCUUUAUGAUAUACGGAAUCAAAGGCUUCACAUGAAUGAAUUUGACAACUUCUACAUUGGUAAAGACUUUUGAGUGUGAUAAAUAACACCACUUUCGCAUACAUAUCAGUGAAAUAUCUUCAGAAUACAGUGCAAACAAGAACAUAAUCAAAUUAUACAAGUGUCUGAAAGAAAUAUAUCAAAAUAUCUAGCGUUUAGAAAAAAAAAACGAUCUGGUGGUAGACCAUAACUGAUCGUAUGGUUAGCUCAUAUCAUACGUUGAAACUAUCAGAAUCUAACUUAAGGCAAAAAUUAUCUUUGAUUGUUGUAAAUCAAAAUGAUGGUUAGGACUUAGGACAUGCAUCAGGAAGUCCAUGGCCUACCACGUUUGCCUCGUUUGUUUCCAAACACUGGAUAUAUCAAGCAAAAACAAGCAUAAGCCAGAAUAGACCAAACUAAAGGAAUAAUUUCCAAAGAUGAUCUCAGAUAAUCAAUAUAAACCUACCAUAUUUAGGUUUUUGUAUGAAACGGUAAUAAAAUACUCUGUACCUUGAUAAUGAAUGUUACCAAAGGUGACAUACCUAACGUCUGAAACCAGAAGUCGUGUGUUCACUCCGAUGGACAAUAAAUGUUCUUUAUUGAUAUGCUUUUAUAAAUAUAAGGUGAAGGACAUUCAUCUCGUUCUUUUCAUAGUACAAUGAAUUUAUUCAACUAUAAGUUUCAAGAACAUUCCGAUUAUAGUCGAAGAUAUCUGUGAUCGAAAUAUCAACAAGACCAACCAUAAAUAAUUGUGUUUGAUCAAAAUAAUCUUUUGAUAUUAGAAUUUAGUGAAGAUUUAUAAUCAAAUAUAUUUUUAUUAUCUUUAAGGUUU